AUGUGCUGUUUUACAGAUGAGAAGUCAGACUUCACAGUUUGGAAUGUCUUAGCUCAGAAAACACAAGCUCAACAGCGAGCAGGUGAUUGUUGCUUAGGAGGGCUGAAGCAUAACAAGGGAAGCAGGAAGAAGGGAGGCUGUGUGCACAGCACCCAGGACCACACAAUCCACUUGGAGGAGAGUCCAGUUCCUGAAGCCCCAACAUCCCCUCUAACGCCCAGCAACAUGCCUAAAAGUGUUUCAAUAUCUAAACAACUGGCUUCAAUAAAAGCUUUGAAGAAAGGCUCAGACCUGGAGAAAGCCAUGGCUACCGUAGCUCUGAUUUUCAGGAACUCUUCUGACCCUGACGGCAAGGUUGGGAGAGCCACUGCCAAAAAUCUGCUGCAAACCCAACUUAGGAAUUUCACAGAGAGAGAAGAAACCAAGCCAAAGUAUCAAGACAUUCUUUCUGAGCUUGAUGAACACGCCGAAAACAAACUGGACUUUGAGGACUUCGUGAUCCUGCUCCUGAGCCUCAUCAUUGUGUCUGAUCUGCUGCAAAGUAUACUGAGUGCAGAAGUCAUGAAAUAAACAACUAAUUAUGUGAAUGAGCAAAAUGAUCAU